AAAUAUUUAGUUAAUAGAUACACAUGAAAAACUUUUUCGAAGGACUUGGUAAAUCGCGUGGCAAGAAUGAUAUUUCGGGCAGAACGUCACCAGUUAACUUGAAACCUUUGGAAUCUAAUGAAGUGAAUAAGGAUCAACAAACUAACAAAAGAGAAACUAAAUCACUACCACCUUCACAAAAAUCAGAGGAAUCAAACACAGGAAAGAAUACGAAAGAUACAAUCGAAAAAACGAACAAUGCUAGUGAUAAAUCGAGAGAAGUUAUAAAAGGAGAUGAAAAGAAGACAGAAAAACAAACUUCACCAGCUGAUGCAACCGAUAAAUUUACAAAUAAAGCAGACGGCAGUGUAGAAGCACCACAAGAUAAGCCACCGAGUUCUGUACGUCUAAUAGAUAGAGUAAAUCAAGGACCAACAAAUCAAAUUAAUGAAAAGAAUCCAUCAUCUACACUGAUUAACUUUUUAACAUCACCUGUACAAACAAUAAAAUCAAACAGAGCUCCAAGUCCAACAAAUCCACCUACUAAAACAAAACCGGUGGAUGAAGUGAAAGAUCUGGAAACUGAUAAAAAAUCCUCUGAACUCAAAGAAAAACAAAAUAAAAACUCAAAUAAUGAGACAAAUGAAGUUCAAUCUAAAAAGGUCGAAAGCCAACCAAAUAUUAAUGUUGGACAGAAAAAAGAGAUUACUUCUAGUUCACAACCUGCACCAAAUACUAAAACGCAAGAAGUACUGAAUAAGGAUAACGGUAAUGUCCAAACAACUAAGUCAAAAGAUGAUAAUGUCACCGAGUCUCAGAACAAGUCGAAUAAUAUUGUAACUGAAUCAGCGUCAGAGAUCCCAGUUAAGAAAACUGAAAAGGGUAAACCGGAAAAUGAAACCCAAGUCAGCAAACCAGAAGUCAGUCAAUCUAAUACAAACUAUUUGGUUCCAUCCAAUAUACCCCAACCUGAUACUAAUCUGAAACUAGGACACAAGGGUGUUAUUACAAGAUCUGAAGGUGAACAACUUAAGCCUUACCAACCUAAAAUUACAAGUAAACAUAAUAAUCCACCAGAUUUGAGUCUAACCUCAGAUAAAGGAGUUAAUCGUUCAAUUAAUACGGGACAAAAAGAAUGUGAGAAAUACAAUGAAAAUCAAAGAAUUGAUCUAAAAAAUUUAGAUCCUUGCAGACCAGUAUUUUUCUCAGCAAUAGAUUUAAAGCGUUCCGGUUUUGCAAAUGCUGAAGAUAUUGAAAAUUGUUGGAACAAGCUUGGAGUUCCAGAUGUUGAAAAUCUACUCAAAUAUUUAGGAUUUCCGAAACAUGGAAUAAUCAACCUUGAUCAUCUAACACAAUCACUACAUGAAGCAUUAGAAAUGAACACUUAUGAUGAUCCGGGUGUACUGGCUGGAAUUCGUUCAAUGAAUUUGGAAUUACAUUUAACUGAAGCACUCAAAAAUGCAUACAGUAAAGAAAUUGAAAAGUUUGACACAAAUCUUACAGAAGAACGUGAAAUGAUUUUACGUUAUUUUCAUCAACAAUUAAAUGAAAUACGUCAAAAAAUGGAAAUUUUACUUGGUCAAAAAGAAGCUGAAAUUAAACAGGUUCAACAAAAACUUGAUAAAACAAUUCAAUCAUCAAAUGAAAUUGAAAUAAAAAAUAAAGAUGUUGAAUUCCUUAUGCAGACGGAAGAUAAAUUCUUGAACUUCAUUACAAAUCUAAGUGAUAUUAUGGAAGCCGAAAUUAAACAAUGUGAAAUGAGCGGAGAACAUUUUAAUCAUAUCUUUGCUUUUAAUGAGAAAAUAAAGAAAACAGUAGACCAAGUUAAAAGUCAAACAGAAAGUAAGGAUCAUUUUCAGCGUCUGAAAGAUUCAAUUCAAAUUCUUAAAGACUAUAGUCAAUUACUACAAAUAAUUGUAAUCAAAUUUGCCGGUAUACAACGUCAUACACAAUUUAUCAUAAAUCAAGAAAAAGAGAAAAAUGAAAAACUUGAAAAAGCUUUGGAGAUACAUCAAACGAAUUUAUUUGAUUUACAGACAACAUUUGAUAAUAUAUCAAGACAAAAUCAAAAACUUUUCAAUGAAUAUGAAGAAUUACAACAGAAAAUUCAACUGAAAGAAGCUACAAUUAAAACUUUACAAGAAGAGAAUAAUCAAUUAUCAGAGAAUUAUAAAACUGUUUUACAGAAAUUAACUUCCAACAAUAAUAACAAUAACAACAGUAAUAAUGUCAACACAAAUAAUGUGAAAAGAAGUGAUGGAACUUAUGAGAGUAACAAAAGUAAUGAUGAUAAAAGUAUUAAUGGUCGCACACAAAAUAACAAAGAAUAUACACAACCUGAUCAAAAUCAUCACCAACGUGAAUCUCCAAUGAAUCAAACGCAUAUGACGUACCCGGAAAAAAAUAAUAUGUCAUUUUAUCAAAUAUCAAAAGAACAAUUAGCUAUGCGACAAUAUCAAAAUGAUUUAGAAGAAACGAUUAGGAAACAAGCAAAACAAAUUAGACAAUUAAAAAGUACAGUCUCGAAAUAUCGACCGAAUGAUCCGAUAUGGACAGAAAUGGUUGCUACAAAAGAUCAAUGAAUGAAGCAGGAAUCAUACAAAUAUCGAAAAUGAAAAACCAGCAUCUAUUGCCAUUCGUGAUUUAUUCUGGUUAAACGAGGGAACUACUCGAAAUUACCACAAUUCCAAUUUUAUUUAUCUGAA